AUGGGGUUACAAAAGGUAGGUGUAGAAAGGAAGCUACAAUUGGAAGAGUUAGAGUGUUUGAGGUUGGAGGCUUACGAUAAGGCCCGCAUAUACAAAGAAAGAACUAAAGCGGUGCAUGAUACGCAUAUCAAGCGGCCAGAAUUCCGAGUAGGUAAUUUGGUGGUACUAUACAAUUCAAGGUUGAAGUUGCUACCCAGAAAGCUCAGAUCAAGAUGGGAUGGUCUGUAUAUUGUUGAUAAAGUUGAGCCCUAUGGAGUUGUUCACUUACGUCAUCUGAAGUUAUACCAUCAUACCAAUCCUAAGAGUGAUAAGGAGGUGGAUAUUUUCUUCUUGAAAGAUCCACCAAAAGUUUGCAACUGA